UUUAUAGCAGAUUUCUUAAUUGAUUGUUUAAGUAAAUGAUUUAGGUUCUUAGUGUCUCUUUGUUUAGUUAAUCUCUUGGAUUAGUCAGCUGCUAGCUUUGGGGGCGCUACAUGCCGGUUAGUGAUAAUGAAAAUAAAGUGCCGGUUGAAGUACCAGUUGAAGAAAAUGUUGGUGCUAGCAGUGAAGCUAACUCCUACAAAUCCAAAUACCAAUUUGCGCGAGCGUUGAUUGAAAAGCUUAGGACCAAUGCUACAAAUGUUCUCUCCGAAGAAGAAGAAUCACUGCUGGAAAAAUAUGAUGCCGAGGACAGGGAACAACAACCGGUGCAAAGCACUUACUUGAGACGUAAAAGAAAACAAACGGUUGUUCCAAUAGUACCUGAAGCGGUUUGGAACCGUGAAGAAGAUGUCGAGGUGAUAACAAGGGAUGUUAACAUGAUAGAUGCAGCGACAGUGGAUCGCGUGAUAGAACAAGAAACAGUUUCGCUGUUUGGAGAAAGUUUUGAAAUACGUGAAGAUGCUGCUCAAACUCUUGAAGAUCUUCUGAUGAAACCAGAAAAGGAUUCAACCCAUGGAGAAACACAACAAGAUGCGGGACAUCAACACGAAUCUUCAAAAGAGCAGGCCAUAUCUUCUUCGUCGAAGCCAGUCACCGAAGAAGAACAAGAAGGAGAUGGUACUGAGUUGACUUCGAAUACUAUCAAGGAUAUCAAGGUGGCAGAGCAGGUGGAAUCUGAAAUGCAGAAAGCUACUUCAUCGAAGUCAUUCGCCGAGGAAGAACAAGAAGGAGAUGGUAUUGAGUUGACUCCGAAUAAUAUCGAGGAUAUCAAGGUGGCAGAGAAGGUGGAAUCUGAAAUGCAGAAAGCUACUUCUUCGAUGCCAGUCAUCGAGGAAGAACAAGAAGGAGAUGGUGCUGAGUUGACUCCGAAUACUAUCGAGGAUAUCAAGGUGGCCGAGCGGGUCGAAUCUGAAAUGGAGAAAGAUACUUCGUCGAAGAUAAAUAUUGAGCAAGAAGACAAUGAAACUCAAUUUGUAAUUGAUGAAGAUGAAAUUCGGAAAAUGGAAUCCGAAUACAAUAAGAAAAGUUGUUCGUCGUCAAAGCCAAAUGUUGGAAGCGUAUACUACUACUCAGCCGUAAAAAUGGCGAAGGAUUUACUUGAAUUAGAAAAUGAACAACCUGGAUUUGAUUUAGGACUGUCGCGGCGUGACAAUCAAGAGAAAGGACAGGGAGAACUCACUGCUGAACAAAGGAUGAGUAACAUGGUUACAAGAAUGCAGGAUUACGACACCAGUGUGAAAAAAAAAAGGUUACAGCUCGUAAGUGCAAGGAGAACAAGGAGGUGCAGGAAGUAUAGGAGGUGAAGUUGAAACCAGUUGAUAACUUGAAGAUCUUGAAGGUCAAUGACGUGGGAGCAUUUUAAUCUUCAAUUACAUAUAUCAGGGAAGAAUAUGGAUAGUUUGAUGAGAAAGGGUGACGUCGCAGGAGACAUCAUUGAGUUCUACAUUUUGAAGCUGCAAAACAACAUCAAAAAAAAUGAGUUGAAACAAGAUGG